ACUGGUUUAAUUCCAUUGAAUGUGAUAUGUAAUAAAAUUUAAUAUUCUGAUGGAUUGCUUUAAAGUUAUAAUCAAGCGAUUUGACGUAACUUGACUAGGUGAGCUUUAUGUAAUGUAGAACAAUUGCGAUUGUUAUGAGGUCACUCUUGCAUUGCGGAAACAGCCGAGCAUAUUCGUUUCGUAAAUGGCCCGGAGGAUGAUCAGCUCGCGUUACUGGUUGGUGUACUGAUGACAUUACCUAAUAUAGGGACGAUGGACGAGAGAGAGAAAAUGGGCUUGGGAAAACCCUUGUGUUUAGAUAUUCCAGUUUAUUUGCAUAGCCAAUCAACGACCUCUCUCUCUCUGAUGGUAUAUCUUUGUUCAUAUCUCUUUAGGCGCUUUUUCACUGUGCCGCUCUCUGCCAGAGGAUUCACGAGUGUUACCCUUUGGCUGGUUCUUCAACAUCUAUUGUCCAGUAAUCAGCUGCUGAAGUUAAGUUGGCAAUUCAUCCCAACAAUCAUUUCAACAACCAGAGAAAGGAAGGAAAAAAAAACAGUUGGAAAAGGAAAGAAAGAUGUUUAAAUGUGCAAUGUUUCUUAGUCGUGCUGAAUAGUUGACCUCGUUUUCUCCUGGAUUCCUAUGAAAUUGUAAUCGCAUAGGGUAUACAGUAUACAUAAUUUCCAAACGAGUCUUGAAGCCGGGCCACGAACCUAUAAGAAAAUUCAAGGGAGAUUUGCUGCCUGCAGAGUAUGUAAGGUGACUCGUGCAUACAUGGAGAGAUUAAAAGGGAACAGUGACAGCUAUAGCAAUGACCGCAUGCAUCGCAUACGUAAAACAAUAGACCCGGUUUCUACCUCGUUGAGGCGUGAAAUCGUGAAAUCUUGACGACGGGGAAUAACGACUCCUUAUAGCCCCCGUUACAUUAAUUUCUUCAAGGCUGAGCAAAGUCAUCUGUGGGUCCACCUCGAUCAUGAGAUUCAUUAACUAGAGGUUUGCAAGGGCCCCAGCCAAGGAUGCCCUGCUGAACUCUUCUAUCAAGUCCUUUUGACCCUGAAAAAAAAUUUAAAACAAAAUUAUAAUUGGAUCGGUUCAUAUAUAGAAGGAAUAAGUGGACAAUCUUUUCCAGUUUUCUACGCUGCCCAGUAGUUCUCAAGAAUUGCGUCGAGCUGUGUUCACUGAUCCCUAAGGGCGUCUCUCAAACAAGAACUGCACCUUACGGCUAGUCCAUGGCUAGUCAUUACCAAACUUGAAAUUUUUGAUAUUAUAGAAACGACGUCGUCAAUCCGCAAUAAUUACAGGGCUGGUUGUCAUAAUAAUAAAACUCGAUAAUUUCCAUUAUUUUUUCUCUACUUGCCCCAUUCUCUUUGGUUUCAGAUUAAGCUUUAGUUUCCUUUUCAUAGCUCUAGUAAUAACUGUCCCCAUUCUUUCUCUGACGUCGUGACAGUCAAAUUAAUCGCAUUUGAUUACGAAUUUAUUUUCGAUGGGAGAACCAAGUGGGAUUGUACUUUUCUGUCUCAAGUUCAUAAUGCACUAACGCGGAAGCCUUGCAGCCAGAGAUCAGUUAAAGAAUAUUUUUAUUUUUAGGGUAGGGUUUAGAAAUAUGGGAAUGCGCUAGCUGCUCUAGUGCGUAUUUGAAUGUAGUGCUCCAAUAAAAUAUCGACACAAAAGGACCAACUCCAUUUUCAGACAACGAUAUGUGUUUGCCGAAAUAGAGAAUAAUCACCCUAAGGUUCUUUUAUGCUUGAGAUCUAGUGUGUACUAUCGCAGCGGUACACGCCCAAUACCAGACAUUUCUGUGUAUACAGGAAACACAAUAAAAACUGAUGUAUCCACUUAGAUGACGAAAGAAUUUUAUGAUGUCCUUGUCUUUGUAUGUGAAAAAUAAGCUAGCGCCAUCCAUCAUAAGCUUUCAAGUUUUUAAAGAUGAAAAUCGCCUUGCUGUUAUCAACCCCUUGACUGAAGUCAUGGCCAAUGUUCAAGAACGAACGGAAGGAUCAUGCUUCUCAUUUAGUUAUGUAUGUAUUUUUAUCUUUUUUAUUAUUAUUUUUCGUUUUUUUUUCUUUUAUUUGAAAUUGUUUUAUUUUUCGACGCUAGAAGGCGCUGACGGCAGUUUGUGAUGAGGAUUUUGUGUUGACAUUUGUGUUCGUGUGCGAUAAAAAUGUUAUAAAACAAUUUGAUAAUUUUCAUUCUUGGAAAAAUACUGUGACCUUAACUCAUUUCUAAAUUAUAUUUAUUAUAACGAAAAACUGUACUUGUCAUGGCUGAAUCGUGCACAAUGAGUGGUGGAUGUGUGAUGUUUCAACAAGCUGAUCUGGCCAGCAGUGCUUUCCCUGUUUUCGAAGAUAUUCGAAAACAAGGGAAGCUAUGCGACGUCACUAUUAAAGUGGACGACAAACUAUUCAGCGCCCAUCGUAUAGUGCUGUGUGCUACCAUUCCUUAUUUUAAUUCCAUGUUUACAAUUGAUAUGGUAGAGAGUAGACAAAGGGAAGUUGAGGUACGAGGGAUAGACCCUAGCGCGAUGGAAUCUUUAAUACAAUUUGCUUACAGUGGAAAAAUCACCAUUCAUCCUGGAAAUGUCAACAAUUUAAUGAUUGGAGCAGCUUAUCUGCAAUUGAAUCAAGUUCGUGAUGCCUGUGCCGACUUUUACAAACAGAGACUAGACUGUAAAAAUGUUUUGAGUAUUCAAUCAUUUGCUGAGACUCUAAGCUGUACAGACCUAGUAAAAGCAGCUGACCGUUUUCUUGAAAAGAAUUUUACUCAAGUUGCAGAAGAGGAAGAAUUUGUUAGUAUAGAUGUCAGUCAAAUGCAGGAGCUUCUCAACCGAGAUUCUCUAUGCGUCACUGAAGAGGGGGCUUUUGAAGCUUUAAUACGUUGGGUGAAGAAGGACUCCGAAUCAAGAUCUAAACAUCUUCCCAACCUACUAGCCCAAGUUCGAUUGCCUCUCCUUAGUCCAACUUUUUUGACGGACCGCGUUUCAAAGGAGGAAUUAAUUCGCAGCUGCCAUCGUUGUCGAGAUUUGGUUGAUGAAGCCAAAGAUUUCCACCUGCUUCCAGAACGACGUUCGAUGUUCAAAAGCUAUCGUUGUCGACCUCGCUGUUUUGCCGAUGUGUCGGGUCUUUUGUACGCUGUAGGAGGAUUGACGAAAGCUGGCGACUCUUUAAGUACAGUCGAAGUUAUGGAUCCUGUUACUGGCAGAUGGAAUCCAGCAGAAGCAAUGUCUAUACGUCGGAGUAGAGUAGGAGUCGCCAUCCUCCGUAACAAUUUAUACGCUAUUGGUGGCUACAACGGUGUUGACAGGCUUCAAACAGUCGAAGUUUUAGACGGACCCAAGCGAAUUUGGCGUGGGAUAGGUUCCAUGAACUGCAAACGAAGCGCUGCUGGAGCAGCUUCCCUCCAUGACUACCUUUACGUUUGUGGCGGAUACGACGGUGUUACUUCGCUCAACACAGUCGAGUCCUAUGACCCCUCAACUGAUUGUUGGAAAUGUGUUUCUGCCAUGAACAAACAUAGAAGUGCGGCCGGAGUAGUGGCGUUUGACAAUCACAUAUAUGUUUUGGGUGGACAUGACGGAUUAAGCAUAUUUGAUUCAGUCGAGAAGUAUAAUCCCCAAACUGGUCGUUGGACUCCCGGAGUCUCAAUGCUUUCAAAACGUUGCAGACUAGGAGUUGCUGUAUUGGAGGGUAAGCUCUAUGCUUGCGGCGGGUAUGAUGGUUCAACAUUUUUGCGAUCAGUUGAGGUUUUUGAUCCAAAAACUGAGAAGUGGAACCAUGUUGCCCCCAUGAGUGUUACUCGUAGCCGAGUGGCGUUGGCAGCUAAUGCCGGUCGUCUUUGGGCGGUUGGAGGAUACGAUGGCACUGCAAACUUAAAUACGGUAGAGGUCUAUGAUCCGAAGAUUGACAAAUGGAGUUUCGGUUCUUCAAUGUGCGCUCACGAGGGAGGCGUAGGUCUCGGAGUAGUUCCUUUAUAAUCCCAUUGUUCAAUUGAAACGAACUAAUGAAUAUUUCUGAUUUUAAACAAAUUUUGAUACUGUCAACGGCGACUUUUGAGCUUUUUUUUAUUUAUAAAGUGUGUGACCAUGUUGCAGCUUUUAGAAAUGCAAUGUUCUGCCAUUCAAUAAAACCCUACCAUUAUGGCAUUAUCCCAAUUAAA